AUGGAAGAACAAGGAUUAUCCGUCGAAGAAUUUCCCGACGGUCGAAUAAAGAUCGGAUUCACGAAAGGAAUAAAAUCUUUAAAUUCAUGGCAACUCUCAGGCCGGUUAAUGCCUGAAGGUGUUAUAGAUUCCUUGAAAAAAUUAGAUUCCACUAUACGGGGCGAUCCCAAAAAUUUCUGGGAGAAGUUGGAUGCGUUCGAAGAUGAACUGGAGGAUCUUUUAAAAAAUUAUAGCGAUGCGGAU